GGAGAAAGGCGGACGGGGAGCACCCGUUACACACGUCUCGUGGAGCACAGAACUGCAUGCAAUGAGCAAAAGCAUUGCAAAGAGCUGAGCGCAAGGCGAGGGGCCAGAGCGAGCAUCGGGGAGAGAAAGAGAGGGUGGGAGAGAAGGUUCGAUCAAGAGACGGAGUGAGCGAGUGCCGGUGUGUGGAAGAUGAAGGUGUUCUGAGAGCUGGCGGGAGAGGAGCAGGAGAGGAAAGUUCAAAUUUCUGAGAACUCGGGGACAAGUAUCAGCAGAAGCCACCAGAUCAUCGAGGGGUGCGACGGACCACGGGGGACGUUACUCUGCAGGACGGCGUCCUGCAAGGCAUCUGCUCAGCGCACCACGUAGCUCGCUGGGCACUGCUGACCUGGAUGGCAUGAGAGUGGCAAGAGCUGUUUCGCCCAACUCCGAGACCUGAGCAGGGUCCUCGCUGUGGUCCCUCGUUCCGACUUGCUGGCUCGUACAGAAAGUCGACUCGGAACCGCGAAGCAUCGAGCUCGCGUAGCCGAGGAGGGGGGACAGGUGACUUUAAAAGCAGCUGUAUUCGGUCACGGUUCAUAGACAUGGUCGAGAGUGCGAGGGAGUCACCUGCAGCCGCCAGCACCCAGCAUGGAAAAGUCGAGUAGCGAGGAGUCUGCAAUCCACCGCAGCCCAUCGUUGGUCAGCCACGAUUCGGAUUUUGCGCGGGCUUCCACCUCGGGUCGCCCCCUGGGGGGCCGCGGCUUCACGGCCGGGGCUUUCUACGGCUCAACGGGUCCACGCACGCGGGGCGACGCUGCUGCCGGCACCGCCGCAGGAGACAAGGGCGACAGCAAGUACAACGCGCCUAAGGGCAGCAAGUACGUGGUCUUUUACCUGGAUCUAUCAUUUGUGUUCCUUCUAGAGUUCAAGAAGUGCAACAUGGCCAGGGUCUGCCUCUGCAUCCUCAAGUACAUGAUGUUCCUCUUCAACCUCAUUUUCUGGCUGUGUGGCUGCGGCCUCCUGGGCGUGGGCAUCUGGCUGUCCGUUUCCCAGGGCAGCUUCGCCACCUUCUCGCCCUCUUUCCCCUCUCUUUCCGCCGCCAACCUGGUCAUUGCCAUCGGUGCCGUCGUCAUGGUGACCGGGUUCCUGGGCUGCCUGGGUGCCAUCAAGGAAAACAAGUGCCUCCUUUUGAGCUUCUUCAUUGUAUUGCUGAUCAUUCUCCUGGCGGAGCUGAUAUUACUCAUUCUGUUCUUCGUUUAUACAGAGAAGGUCAGGGUGAACGCCAAGAAGGACCUGAAGGAUGGACUUGCUCUCUACAACACAGAGAACAACAUUGGCUUGAGAAAUGCAUGGAACAUCAUUCAGGCAGAGUGGAAGUGCUGCGGAGUGACGGGAUAUACCGACUGGCAUGACGCCCUGAAGGAGAAGGUUGUCCCUGACCGCUGUUGCCAGGAGCACUACGAGGAGUGUGGCCGCAAUGUCACCAACCUGUUCUGGACUCAGGGCUGCUACGAGCUGGUGGAGGGCUGGCUGGAUGACAACAAACACCUGCUGGGUACCAUUGGCAUGUGCAUCCUCGUGGUACAGCUCCUCGGAAUGGCCUUCUCCAUGACCCUCUUCCAGCAGAUCCACAGGACGGGGAAAAAGUACGAUGCCUAGCGGCGUGCCCCAUGCCUUCUGUAACAGACUGCGGAGGAUGUCCCGGACACUUGGCCCCCACCCGCCCCAAUACCCACGGUUGCACCCCCAGCGCUCACAGAACAUCACGCAACUUUGCCCAGCCCCCCAUCUUUAUAACACAAUUUAUUUGCCAAAGAGAAAAAUCUGACUGCAAAAAUUAAGGGAACGGACUUGAGGAACGCUUACGUGGCUCUUUUCCUCUGCUUCUAAUAGGUUUCUUGGUUUCCUCCGGAAUAACAGUUUGCAGGGAAGGAAUAUAAUAAAUCCAUCGCUUUACUAAUAUAGACCUCAGUCCCCCGGAAGGCAAAGGAAAGCGGGGAAAAUGAGACGGUGAUAUUGCGACACUUUCCAGUUUUAAUGGAUUCCUGUGCUGAUGACUGGUGAGACCCCCCCCCCCCCCCACCCUUCUGUAAUUGAAAGGUUCAAACAAAGCAUGAAAAUUUUUAUACUCAGUGGGCAACUUUGUAAUUUAAGAGUCCAACAGAGAGACUUGUUUGGGUACGAUUCAUUUUCCCUGUUUCUGGUAUUAUGUUAAGGACAAUACCGUACCCCGGCGUCCUUUUCUAAUUACUUCUUUUCUGUGGUAGCAAAGUCAAAAGAGUGUGUGGAACAUUCUGUAAGUGCUGAAUUUGCCAGAGGGUUAGGAGCGUCUGCUUAUGUGGACGUGUGUAAGGGCUCACGCUCGGCUCUGCUGGAAUGAUGCGGUGCUGAUGCACCGAGGUUCUCUGAGUGUGAAACAGGUCCCAUGUCACGACGGCAAAGAUGACAUUUCCCUCCAAGACACUUUCAUACAUCAUUCCUCACAUUCCCACAUGGUUUGCUCUCCAAAGUGGUCACCCACGGCAUGUGUAAGGAUCCCUUGCAUGUGUCACACGUAGCACGGGUUCCACCAGACACCUGUUGUGGGCAGAAGGGACGGGCCGCCCCAUUUCCAGAACAGAUUCCCAGGCUAUUUCUGGACAUCUUCUCCACGACUGAUGUUCAGAGCGGGAAAAGCCUACAGCGUUUUUUUAUCCACUUCUCUGCUUGUUUUCUUUCAUUUCAGGUCUGUCUUUCUUAUUAGACGUUAGAAUGAAGUAGCUCUGCAGUAACAUUGCGUGAUUUCACUGACAUUCCUGCAGGAAACUGAACAGCGACUUCAUAUACGCCUGUAUAUGCGCUCAGACACCUUCAAUUUGGAUACGAUGUCAAAUUUUUACACCGUUAAGAUGUGGGACUUCUUACUCUCAGUUGAAGACAAGAAUGGAGUGGAAUCACGGCAAGGAAGGGGGCGAGUUUCCUGUACAGUGGGAUGAACAGCAUGUACGUGUGUGUGUGGGGGUGGGUGGGUGGACAUCACCAGGGGUUCGCUUCUGAUGGUACCGCAGUCUUCGCUGCAUCCUGGGAGAUUGCUCAGCUCAGGCACCUUUGGGUUUCCCCUAGGGUGGUCCGCAUUAUUGCUCUGGCCAGCUGGAAUGGGACCACCUGCGCAGUUGAAAAUCUCACCAUCCUUCUCUGCAUUUAAUGUCCAAGAUGAAGUUUAAAAUGAGCAAAAAUUGGGACCAGAAGUGGCUUAGCUCUUUCUUUCAUGCUGUGAACGUGCAGGAAAGAUAGAUAGAGACGAAAGGAGUGUAAGCUUGGGAUGAGAAGCGUAGGAGCCGCGGUGCUGAGGCCUGGACGAAGAGAGCGACCGAGGAGACGCACUGAAGAUGACGGACGGAUGGGCAGACUGUGCAGGACAACUCUCCACGCUUCUUUCAGUUUGAGACAGCAAAGCCCAUGGAGAGUAAAGCGCUACCGUCACCAGCAUACACAUGCAGGAGUACCAUAUACAUGUCCAGUGUCCCACACGUGGUCUUCCCUGUACACGACUGUCUUUGAUGUACAGAAAAAGGUGUCACCGCUGGACCCAAAAUAGUGAAGUACAGUGAUUUUUGAGUUUUCUGCCCAUCCAGAAGUGGAUUUGAAGGUUCGGCCCGUGGACAAGAGUGUGGCUUUAGCACGAGCUUUGAUUGCUGGGCUCGAAAAGGGGUUUGAGAUCCUGUUCCGUCACCCCAGCGACCUCUCGUUGAAGGUUUGUGGAAACCGUUUUCAGUUAGGAGAACCACCUCGCAUGUGAAAAGCAGACACUAUUUUGCCGGAGUCAUCGAGGCCUGACAGAAUUUAUGGAGUGAUGGAUUAUCAUUUCAUAUUCUGCUGUGGGACUGUAGUCUCAAAUACCUGUAAUUCUGUUUCCAAAAGAAACCGUCUCAUCACACAAUUCAGUGUCAGACCUCAUGCAUUCGGAGUACCAAACACAGUAUUUACACUCAUGUAACACAUCUGUCUCUCUGUGGGUUUUUUGGAAAGUGGAGUGAAUUUUAUUUAUAUAGUUACCUGCUCAUGCUGUCAUCCUGCUGUUUUUGAGAUGAUCUCACUUCAGCUGUCAACUUGUUUCGAGUUUUGUGUUAUAGAUGAGAAGCCUUCUCUAAAUGUCCGGUAUUUUGGGGGACAGGAAACCUGAGUACCUGCCACUUUAAAACACAUUUAAUUUUCUACAUUGGUUGUAAGAUUUUUGUGAGUUUUUUUAAAGUCCUUUUUAAGGCUGAUUUUACGUGUGCUGUCUUUCAGAAUGGUACCGUUAAAAAUCGACAUUUGAAUUUGCCAAGUUAUUUCGAAACGGCAGAAUGGUGUACUGAAUGCCCAUCGGUGAAGUUCACUGCCGUCAGUGGAAAAAGAGAACAAUUCUGUUACGUUUCCCCUAAAGUUCAGCAGUAUAUAUUUUAAAAUUUGCUGCCAAAUCAUGUUUUUCUAAUUGCCCUGGUGAGGUUUUCAGAUACAUUUAAAUGAUACCUGCCAAUCUUGUCUCUGUUUGAAUGACUUGUCAUUCACUGCUGUUUAAUUAUUCAAGUUAAAUUCACUUGCUCUAGUUGUUACUGACAUACUCAAAUAAAAGUGAGGUCCCCUUUUUUUCAGGCAAGUGUCAGCAUGAUGAAAUAUUAAGAAAUUACCACAGACUAUAAUACAACUCAUGUUAGUCUAGCCACUAUGUGAGGUUAAUCCAAGUAACUUAUUUUAUAUCUGGAAAUAUCAUUUUUGUACCCAUAAGUUUUUCCUCAUUUUUUUUCCCGAAUUGGAGAGCAGAGCAUCAAGUUUGUUAAAAAUUUGUAAAUGUCAAGCUUUUUGUCUGUACUGUAUACAUAUUUUAAAGUGCUUUAGUUUUUAGUGGAAGAAUUUAUCAAAUUCCUUUGAAAGAGGUCAAGUAUUUUCAUAAAGUAUUUCACUUUAUUAUUAAAUCACUGCCACAGAAAUGAAAUAAAUGCCCAAACCUAAACAUUUAUUGUGGCUUUGUUUUGUAGUCGGAGUUGGGGAAUAUGAACGACGACUUUUUCUUUUUUCCGACACCUGUUUUAUUAUAUGCCUUUCCAGGUAAUGUUUAUGGUCUGCUGUUUUUUUCCUUUGCAUUGCUGUUAGUGUUAACUAUAUAUUGAGCUACUGUAUAUCUAAACCAUGUUUUACUAAUCACAUGUGGAGCUUGUAACUGGAUUUGCAGUGGACAGACCCUAGUGAGCUUUUUCCCCCAAAGCCAGCAGAAGUACCGAGGAGGUCCCCACCCCGCCCCCCACGGUGGUAGACGCAGAAAGACACACGGCUUUCUCGUACCUGUCAAGGAAUCACACUGAUAUGAACAGUGGUGGCGACCGUGCUAAUGGGGAGAGUGAAAAAGAUGGGAAGGUGGGUGCUGUCCCUCCCUCAGGGUCCGGUGCUUCCCAUGUUGGGUGCCGAGGGCAGGGCGGCUUUGCUGCAGAGAUGCGCUCCUGGGUCGAGUCCAUUGUGGAGCUCCCUGUAUGUUGGUGAACAUGAGUCUAAUGUGCCAUUCCAUCAAGCUUAGUCUCCACUGUUCCUUCUAUGCAAAAAGACCUUCUUUAGCCUUUGUACAGAUUAUUUUGUAUUAGUAAUACCGUACAGAAAUAAAGUGAGUAGAAACAACAGCA